AGUGAGUGGUUUGGAGACUGCAUUGAUUGGCGCCGAAGGUUAAUGCUUUUACUUUUGAAGGACACCGGAAGCUAUGUGUUCCGCCGCAGUUAGCCUGAUGUUUUCUCAGUCGGGGAGUUCACACACAACUACUUGGCAGAGGAAUGCAGCACUCGUAGCCAGCCGUACUGAAAUCUGAAGGCGUUACUCCCAUCAUCAUCAUCGUAAGAGUCAGCACACCAUGGCUGGCUUCAGGCAAGAGGAUGUUGAGUUGUACUACGAGAUGGGAGAGGAGCUGGGGAGCGGACAGUUUGCCAUCGUCCGUAAGUGCAAGGAGAAGAGCACAGGCAUCGAGUACGCAGCCAAGUUUAUCAAGAAGCGGCGGCUGUCGUCCAGCCGGCGGGGGGUGAGCCGCGAAGAGAUCGAGCGCGAGGUCAACAUCCUGCGCGAGAUCCAGCACAGCAACAUCAUCACCCUGCAUGACAUCUUUGAAAACAAGACGGAUGUGAUCCUGAUCCUGGAGCUGGUGUCUGGAGGAGAGCUGUUCGACUUCCUGGCAGAGAAAGAAUCUCUGACUGAGGAGGAGGCCACGCAGUUUCUCAAGCAGAUCUUGGAUGGCGUUCAGUAUCUCCACUCCAAACGCAUCGCUCACUUCGACCUCAAGCCUGAGAAUAUCAUGCUGCUGGACAAGAAUGUCCCCAACCCCAGGAUCAAGCUGAUAGAUUUUGGGAUCGCUCAUCAGAUCAAAGCAGGAAACGAGUUCAAGAACAUCUUUGGAACACCAGAGUUUGUUGCACCAGAAAUAGUCAACUAUGAGCCACUUGGACUGGAGGCAGACAUGUGUUUCUUUUGCAGGAAAAGAAUGACCAUUGAUGACAGUCUUGAGCACCCCUGGAUUAAGGUCAUUAAGAGGCGGAACGUACGCCAGGAGGACAGAGAUCACAAGACUGAGCGCCGGCGCCUGAAGACUACUCGUCUCAAGGAGUAUACCAUCAAGUCCCACUCCAGCAUGCCUCCGAACAACACCUACGCCAACUUUGAGCGCUUCUCCCAGGUGCUCGAGGAGAUUGCGGCGGCUGAGGAAGGCCUGAAGGAGUUGGAGCGCAACCAGCGCUCUUGCCGCGAGGACGUGGCAGCGCUGCUAUCGAUAUAUGAGGAGAAGGAGGGGUGGUACAAGGAAGAGAACCAGAGCAUCUCUGGCGACCUGAACCACAUCCGCCAAGAGCUGCAGCGCACGCAGACGCAGCGCAAGAAGUGCCAGGAGGACGCGCGGGUCACUAUGCAGUCGGCCAACAUCCUCAAGCGCAAGUUUGGGCGCCUGGAGAACCGCUACGAGGUCCUGGCCGAGCAGGUGGCCUCCGAGGUCCGCUGGGUGGAGGAGCUGGUGAAGUCAAUAUCGGCAGAGAAGGACGGCCUCAGCUCUGGCAGCACGCCGUGAGCGGCGCUGACAUCCAGCAGUGAGGGUUUCAUCAUCAAGCUUUCAUCUUGCCUGUCGUCUCUGCUCGUGCACUGCACAGCGGAGUUUGAGAGGGUCAGUCGUCAUCAUAAGCUACGCCGCCGCUGUCGCCCAUCAGAAAGGGAAAAAAUAAAUAAACAAAAAUCCUACUUUUAUGUCACGUUUGAGAGAACAAGAAGCAGAGAGGCAACAUGUGGAAGCCAUUCCUCUUUGAAAAAUCAUUCCCGUGUCAAUGAAUUUAUUUAUAUUUUUACUAAUUUCAUGUACUGUAAUUCAGCUGUUUGCUUGUUUUGGGGUUGUUUUUACACAUAGAAAUGAAUUCAUUUGUUUACUUGGUUAUUAUUAUACCUGGUUAUUAUUUUAAAAAUUGGUCUUAACUUCCUGUUGCUUUAAAAGCCUUCACUCUCCAAUCAUCUGUUCCCGCCUCAGGUCACAUGAGAAAGCUUCACAAUAUUCGGUGUAUAGUUUCAGGUUUGAGGCAUUAGGUGGUAUUUAUUUUUUGCCUUUUUACAUUUCAAAUGACUUUAAAAUUCAUAUU